GAGGGCUGCGGCCGCCACCACUUGCUUAUAGCUGACUGACUGGACUCUUGCGCCUCUCUGGAGUAGCCGGAGGAGAUCCAGCGGCGCCGGUCCCUCAAGAAGCCCCUCGCAGGUUCCCAGCCCGAGCGGGGAGGGUGUCUUUGGCAGCCCAGCGCCACCGCCGCCGGGGAGAGGGUGAAGAGUUGGUGCCGCCGCUGAAUUUUUAAUGGAAAAAUGGCGUUCUCCGCUCAGACCUGCGGCGCAUCUUGCAUCGUCCCGGCUCUGUGCAGCCAAAUAAUCCUGUGCCUCGUCCUCUCGGCUCCCGCCGCGGAUGGCUACAGCUUUCCCCAGCAGUACACAAUGCAGUAUUGGGCCAGAAGACUGGAGCAAGAGAUUGAUGGCGUGAUGAGGAUAUUUGGUGGUGUUGAUCAGCUGAAACGGAUCUACGAUGAAAAAAAGAGCCUGUUUGAUGUAAGAGAGAAUGUCCCAGAGAAAAUAGUGGAAAAGGUAGCAGAGGACAUUGAGAGUCUGUUGGCCAAGAAAGUCCAGGCAUUGAAGAGACUGGCUGAUGCGGCUGAGAAAUUUCAGAAAGCCCAUCGUUGGCAAGACAACAUCAAGGAGGACGAUAUUGAAUACUAUGACUCCAAGGCUGACACAGAAUAUGAAGAUCCAGAUGGAGAAGAAAUUGAAAAAGAAAAGUCCAACUCCCUGAAACUGGAGUUCACAGAAGAUGCCAACUUCAAAACAAAGGUUAACUACUCUUACGCAGCUGUGCAGAUACCUACAGACAUCUACAAAGGCUCCACAGUAAUCCUUAAUGAACUUAACUGGACUGACGCCUUGGAGGAUGUAUUUGUUGAAAACCGUAAAGAAGAUCCAUCUCUGCUAUGGCAAGUCUUUGGGAGUGCCACAGGCGUGACUCGCUUCUACCCAGCCACUCCUUGGAGGAUGCCCAAUAAGAUUGACCUGUAUGAUGUCCGACGAAGACCUUGGUACAUUCAAGGCGCCUCAUCCCCAAAGGACAUGGUGAUCAUCGUGGAUGUGAGUGGCAGCGUUAGUGGCCUGACACUGAAACUGAUGAAGACGUCAGUCCAUGACAUGCUCAACACUCUCUCAGAUGACGACUAUGUCAAUGUGGCUUCAUUCAACCAAAAUGCACAGCCUGUAUCUUGCUUCAAGCAUUUAGUCCAGGCAAAUAUUCGCAACAAGAAGGUCUUCAAAGAAAAGGUGGAUUUAAUGGAGGCCCAAGGAACCACGGACUACAAGGCCGGCUUUGAAUAUGCCUUUGAACAGUUGCAAAAUUCCAACAUCACAAGAGCCAAUUGCAAUAAGAUGAUCAUGAUGUUCACUGACGGAGGAGAAGAUCGAGUGCAAGAUGUGUUUGAGAAGUACAACUGGCCUAACAAGACAGUGCGAGUGUUCACCUUUUCUGUUGGACAGCAUAACUAUGACGUCACUCCUCUGCAGUGGAUGGCAUGUGCUAACAAAGGAUAUUAUUUUGAAAUUCCCUCCAUUGGGGCCAUCCGAAUCAACACACAGGAAUAUCUGGAUGUUCUAGGAAGACCCAUGGUCUUGGCAGGGAACAAAGCAAAACAGGUUCAGUGGACCAAUGUCUAUCGGGAUGCUUUGGGUCUGGGCUUGGUCAUAACAGGCACUCUGCCAGUGUUCAACCUCACUGAAGAUGGCAGCAGUGAAAGGAAGAACCAGCUCAUCCUCGGUGUUGUGGGGAUUGACGUGACUCUGAAUGACAUCAAGAAGCUGACGCAGCGAUACAAUUUAGGGGCCAACGGCUAUAUAUUUGCUAUUGAUCUGAAUGGAUAUCUAUUGCUACACCCAAAUCUGAGACCUCAGGAGGGGGGAGAAUUCCAGGAACCUGUGACCCUGGACUUCCUUGAUGCUGAACUAGAGGACGAGAACAAAGAGGAGAUCCGGAGAAGCAUGAUAGAUGGAUUUAAGGAUCAGCGAUACAUCAAGACUCUGGUCAAGUCCCAAGAUGAGAGAUACAUAGAUAAAGUCUACAGGACCUAUACCUGGGCUCCUAUCAAAAGCACAAACUAUAGCCUUGGUUUGGUCUUGCCACACUACAACACGUAUUACAUCCAAGCUAUCCUCAAUGACCAGAUUCUCCAGGUGAAGUUACCAAGCAAAUUGAAGGAUUUUGAAUACCUGCUGCCAAACAGCUUUGAGUCCGAGGGACAUGUAUUCAUUGCUCCAAGAGAAUAUUGCAAAGACCUCAGCCAGUCGGAUAACAACACUGAAUUCCUGGAAAACUUUAUCGCCCUCAUGGAAAAGGUGACGCCUGACUCCAAGCAAUGUGAUAACUUCCUCCUUCACAACCUCAUCCUGGACACAGGAAUCACCCAACAGCUGGUGGAAAGAGUGUGGAAGGACCAAGACCUUAACACGUAUAGCCUCUUAGCUGUGUUUGUUGCCACAGAUGGUGGUAUCACCCGCGUCUUCCCUAACAAAGCUGCUGAAGACUGGGAAGAAGACCGGGAGCCCUUCAACGCCAGUUUCUAUCGGAGAAGCCUAGAUAACAAAGGCCACAUCUUUAAGACCCCUUACCGGGAUUUCAACUACAGAGGGCUGGAACUGGAAAACAACACAGUUGGGAUCCUUGUCAGCACAGCAGUUGAGCUCAACUUUGGUGACAGGCACCUGAAACCAGCAGUGGUUGGAGUGAAACUUGACCUGGAGGCAUGGGCGGAAAAAUUUAAAGUCCUUGCAAGUAACCGAACAGAAAGGGAUCAGCUGGGGACACGAAGAUGUGACCCCUCCACAGGCUGCGAGAUGGACUGUGAGGCUAAUUACAAGGACCUCCUUUGUGUUCUCAUUGAUGAUGGGGGUUUUCUGGUACUUUCCAACCAGGAGGAUUACUGGUUCCAGGUAGGGAAGUUCUUCAGUGAGGUGGACGCUCACUUGAUGUCUGCUCUCUACAACAACUCGUUCUUCACACGGAAAGAAUCCUACGACUUCCAGUCAGUCUGCGCUCCAGAACCUCCCAGCAAUACGGGAGGCGCUCCGCGUGGGGUGUAUGUGCCAACAAUGGCAGAUUUCCUGAACCUGGCCUGGUGGACUUCAGCAGCUGCAUGGUCUCUGUUUCAGCAGUUCUUGUAUGGACUAACCUACAAUAGCUGGUUUCAAACAGAGGAUGUCGCAGCUGACAGCAUGGAAUCCAAAGAGACCAGCUGCAUCAUGAAGCAGACCCAAUACUAUUUUAGCACAGUUGACUACACCUACAACACCAUCAUUGACUGUGGAAAUUGCUCCAGGCUAUUCCAUGCACAAAGGCUUGCUCGCACCAACCUUCUGUUUGUUGUAGCAGAAAAGCCAAUAUGCAGCCAGUGUGAGUCCACCAAGCUUCUCCAAGCGGAGAUAAAGGCUCCACCGGGAGAUCCCAACCAGUGUGAACUAGUAGACAAGCCACGGUAUCGGAAAGGUCCCCACAUCUGUUUUGACUACAAUGCAACAGAAGAUACCUCAGACUGUGGAAGAGGGGCCUCCUUUAGACCUUCUUUGAGUAUCUUGUUAUCUCUGCAGCUCCUCCUCCUCUAUUUGACUGCCAGUCGCCAUCCGCUGCCCUUGGUGUCUUGCCUUUGAAACAUCCAUUUACAGUAGUCUAGCCCAUUCAUUUUUGCUUUGUGCACCAUCUCCAUUCCCUCGACUUGCCAGAAGAGGGCAGCUGCCUAGUCCCAUCAGCUCUGGUUACACCUUGGCACUCACUCAUGAGGACCUUCUCUUUCGCCAUUCAGAAGUCCAGAAGCUAUUCUCAUUGUUUGUUUCUUGUUUCCUGUCAUCCUCUCCUUGCCCUUCCAGUGUCUCUGCACAGCAGGUUGUGCAAACAGAGCUCUGAGCAAGACUUUGGGAAGCACAAACCAUUGCGACUUUCUCCACACAGUGAACAUCCUUGAGCUUUGAUUCAUUGCUCCCCUUUCCACCCAUUGAGCUGUGGCCAAAUAACAAAAGAACAGCGGCCUCGUAAGUCCCCCCCCCCCAUUGAAUCCAUGGAAUUCUGGGAAGACCUUUGCCAGUUUUCAUCAGGAUAUGUCUUGACAUUUUAUUGUCUUAAAGAUAUUUAAUCAACAAUGCUGACAAAUUGCUAUUCUGUUUGAAACAAUAUUCUUUCCCAUCCCAAUCAUGCAAACAGCAGCAAAGACAAAAUUAUUCAAUAGAACAGGGAAAAAAUGGUAUAUUCUUGCCAAAUUGGUUCUGUAGUCUAGUUAACUUUUCAGCCAAUUUAAAUGGCUUAUUAAACUCAAAAGUAAUCCUAGGAUGUCACCACGGCAUCUCCAUCCCACCCAGCCCGCUCUGUGUUUUCCAAGGCCAUCGCUGCUGAAUCUCUCAUUAGUUAGAUCCCAUCUCAAAUCAAUUUUUAAAUUAUUAUUUUUAGCCUGAGGAUUUUAAUCUAGAUCUUUUUACAUCUAAUUUCCAAGCAUUUUAUCCUGACAAAUUAUAGUAUUUGUUGUCAGCAACAAAGACACAGAAAAGA